AUGAAAGAAAUUUCCGCUGACACAGAAGAAGAGGAGGAGAUAAAGGAAGAGGAAAAGGAUGAAGAAGAUCCUGUUCAUGCCCUAGCACCCACUAUUAACAUCCGUGAUGAGCGGUUUGUUGAUUUAUCAACAUCACCAGCCUUUGUUUGUCUGCAUGAGUUAUAUGCUUUGGGAAAACUUCCUGGAACCAGAAUGGCUGAGUUGAAAGCCAAGUACACCUUGAUGCAUGAUACCGUGGCAAGCACCCAACAGUCUGAGAUCUCUCUGCUUCAGAAUGUCAGAUAUUACACAGAGCAAAUACGACAGCAGCAGUUCCACUUGGAGGAAGCGGAAAAUUUUCCAGACGCCUUCACCACAGAGGUCUCCAAAAUGCGAGAACAACUUCUCAAGUACCAAAAUGAGUUCAAUGCUGCAAAAGAAAGAGAUUACCACAAUCAGUACCGACUGAAUAGUUUAAUGGAAGAAAAAGGCCUUAUCAUGAAGGAAUUUGAGAAGAUACCCAAGCCAGGAGAAAUGGAAAAGAGGAUGAAAAUACUGAGAGACAGCAUUGAAGAGUUACGUAAGGAAACAAUGCAGAAGAAAUUAGAAAUUAAAAGUUUACGGGAAGACUUAGUGUCUAAGCAAAAGCAAUCAGUAAAGGAGCAAAAGGAGCUAGAAGAUCUGUUGGACUUCCAGAUCAACCUAAAGGAUGAUGUGGUUCAUCACCAGUCUAUUCCUGUACAAAUUGGAAAAGAAAUUGAAAAAAUUACACGCAGAAAAGUAGAAAUGGAAAAGAAAAAAGAAAUCCUGGAUCAUGAAGUCAAAGAACUAAAUGACUCUCUAAAGAAAGUUGAAACCAAAAUUAAUGCUAUAAUGGAAGAGAAGGAGGAAGUAAUAAAGGAAGUUGAAAGCAAACGAGCCUUACUUGAGAUCAAAGAACGAGAACAUAGCCAGUUGGUCAAGCAACUAGAAUUAACCAGAGAGAAUGAGGCCACUUCACUAACUGAAAGAGGAAUCGUUGACUUCAACUUACGAAACUGUCUCAUUGAUAAACAGAACUACCAUGAUGAACUUUCUCGUAAGCAACGAGAGAAAGAACGAGAUCUUCGAAACUUAAAAAAGAUGGAGCUACUCUUAAAAGUGUCUUUGGAUGCACUCACUCAAACUCAGUCAUUACACGAAAGGCUUCAGUUAGAGUUGGAAGCUAUUCCUAAGGAUGAUUCGAUACUCUCUGAUAGAAGAAGAGAACUCCGUAAAGAAGUCGAAGCAGCAAGGAGAAAUUUCAUCCAACAGAAAGUCUUCUCUGAAGCUGAAUCUAAGGUAGUAGAAAAGCAAAUUUCAGAGGAAAACCAGCUUAUAAAGGAGCAAGAACACAUACGAGAUCUGAUCUUCAACCUCAUCCGUAUGACUCAAGUCAAACUCGAAGAGAAGGAGCAAAAGUCCAAGGACUACUUGAAAGCUCAGCAAAAACAUAGCAGUAGUACUAAAGAUAUCAAAGCAAAAAAUCUUGAAAUCAGUGUAUACAAGAAGAGAAAGCAUGAAAUUCAUCGGAGACUCAAAGAGUUUGCUAAACUGUAUGACUCUGUUCGUAAUGAAAGAAAUAAGUUUGUUAAGUUGCUUCAAAGAGUUCACCAGAAAGCAAAUGAAAUUAAAGAAAGGUAUAAAAUGUCACAAAAUGAAUUGGAAAUUUUAAGAAACAGUGCAAUUACACAGGAAAGAAAGCUGCAAAAUUCCAUGUUAAAAUAUGCCAACAAUACGACCAUCAGACAGAGCAUGCAGAAUGAUGUGUGCAAAGUUGUGGCCAGACUUCAGAAAAUGAAAGAAAGGAAAGAGGCCCAGUUAAGUAACAUUGACAGUCUUGCCAGUAUGAUCACAAUGAUUGAAGAGGAGAUGGUACAGCUGCGCAAAAAGUAUGAAAAAGCUGUUCAUCAUCGAAAUGAAAGUGGUGUUCAGCUGAUAGAGCGGGAAGAAGAAGUGUGCAUCUUUUAUGAAAAAGUAAAUAUCCAAGAGAAGAUGAGGCUAAAUGGGGAAAUUGAAUUGCAUGUCCUGGAUGAGAAGGUUCGAUUCCUAAAACUGAAGAUUUCUGAGAAGCAGAGACAGAUUCUUGUCGCCCAGAAAUUAGUGCCGAUCAAGAAGUCUUUGGAGGCUGACUUAAUAGUGCUCCAGACUCAGUUUGCACAGUGUACAGACAGAAUAAGAGAUCUGGAGAAAGUUUUCAUAAAUCCUGAUGGUCCGAACAGAAGUCACUUCCUUCCAGGAAAAGAUCCAACUGAAGAAGAAAUGAUCAAAAAAAUAAAUAAGCUGGAACUACUGCUGGCCAAGAAGGAGGAGAAGUUACUGGAGCAGGAUUUCAUCUUUGAACAAGUCACCCGACUCACAGACAGACUCAGCAGCAAAACCCAAGCAGGAAAGGAGGACACGCUGGUCUUAGCCAAAAAGAUGAAUAGUUACCAGAGAAAGAUCAAAGAUGCCACUGAAAAGUUGAUGGCCCUUGUUGCUGAGCUGUCCAUGAAACAAGCCCUGGCCAUUGAACUCCAAAAGGAAGUCAGAGACAAAGAAGAUUUUCUCUUCUCCUGCAGUUCCAGGAUGGAAAAGGGUCUGCCACUCAAUAAAGAUAUUGAGAGAGAAUGGUUAAAGGUACUUCGGGAUGAAGAUAUGUAUGCCUUGGCUGUUGCUGAAAGGUCUCAGGAGUUUAUGGAAAUAGAAAAUCGCCAGAUGCCCAAUGGGGUUUACACAACUGCAGAGCUGCGUCCAAAUGCAUACCUCCCAGAGGGAGAAGCCACUCUUCCUUUGCCUAAACCAUAUGGUGCUUUAGCCCCUUUUAAGCCUAGUGAACCUGGGUCCAAUAUGAGGCAUAUUAGGAAGCCUGUUAUAAAGCCAAUUGAAAUCUGA